UCAGAGGCCGCCGAUGUCGAAGAUAAACCAGGAACUUCGCUUUUGACUUCAUCCGAUCAAGAUCUAGAAGGCCUUUCCAACCAGCCCCUGGAGAAGAGCGUGCUGCUCCUGAAACAAGCCGCAAGGACACGGAAGGUUCCAGCUGCGGAUGUUCUCUCCGCCAUCUCCGCCGUCAAGAAGGCUAAGGCGGACUCAUCUUCAUUCCUGGAGACGCUUGGGGGAUCAGAGUCUCCGGGGAGAACUUGGAUGCUGAUCUUUACUGCUCAGGUGUGGUUAGGACUUGUUAAAGCUCACAAAGUGUUUGUUU